UGAACAAUCGCAGAAUCCCGUCUUUAUGGCCCAAAAUAGAAAUGCCAUCAUAUGACAUAAUGUAUUUACGUGCAAAUAGCGAGUUUCCGCCGAAGUUGCCGAAAACAUUUUCGGCAAAUCCGACGACGCGCCUCUCGCAGAACAAGGCCAGUGUCAGCGCCGCCCACCUCAAAAUACAGCGACACCGUCCUCAAUUUCAGGCCGCCUUUAUUUUUCCUUUCUCCUCUCAUCCUCAAUGCUAUGGGCCGCCCGCAACCGCCGUUGCCGUCCAGCAGGAACCGCAACCGGAUUACCAACAAAAGUCGUCUCAAAAUCGUGCGUGGGGAUGUCGCGGUGGAACCAAUUAUACUUGAUGAAGACGAGGAGAAGAACCGAUUGCUCCAGAGUGUUGCAGGCGUCGAUCAAGACGAUGUAAAUGAGCAUCACUUGCAGCAAGUUCUCUCUGCAGCAUCCACUCGCGCUCAAACAGUGCGAGGCGUCGACGUUGGAAACUCCCGCUCAUCGUCAGUGUUCAUUCCGACACCCGACUCCACCGGUGUUGUCGAUAACUAUGAAGCCUUAUAUCCACCAAACCGAUGGUCGGAUCCCGUACCAUAUAUCUUCUCAUCACGUACAGUGGAAGAAUCUGUCUCCGGUGGCCUUGCACACGGGGCUACGUAUUAUAUGGAUGAGAAAGACGAGGAGUGGCUUGGCAAAAAUAAUGAGGAGGCCCGAGGGGUGGGCACCAGCAGUCGGGCAGCGCUCAACUCAGGUACACGAACCUCAGGGCGUAGCACCAAGGCCAAUGGAAAGGAAUCUGACAACCACUCGCCAAUUGAGAUAUCUAACGAUCAGUUCGAGCUUGUGAUGGGUCUUUUCGAGUUAAUCACACAUGAAGAGACAGAAUAUCUGCAUCACAGUCUCAGUGCCGGCAUGCCUUUUCCGGAUUUCUCAAAUUACCAAGAUACUUUUUCUAACGAGCUUUCACCGACUUAUUUUUCUGCGUUCAAAGUUCCUUCUUGGGUUCCACCGCCUUCACAGUUAUUGCGUAUUGCACGUUUGAUAUAUCCCCAUUGGAAGGAGCGUCGUCUUGAACGUGGAGGCCUCAGAAUUACGCCGAUUCUCAACUUUGAUGAACAGGAUACCCUGAACGAAUCGUAUGUCUGCUUCCGGCAGCGUGAAGUGAAAGCCGUCCGCAAGACACGCGCUUCUCAGGCUAAUUCUUCCGACAAACUUGCUGCCUUAAGCAAGCAGUUGGCCGAUCCCUUGGAUAUAGCAAAUCGCGUUUUGGAGCGAGAAAAACACAAGUUCACCUUUGUUCAACUACAUAAGAGUGUUUGGGAGCGACGAAUUGCCCUUGCUGAGUUAAAGCAAAAGAAUCCUUCUUUUGGCGAUAAGACCGAUGUUGAUUUGCUAGUCGAUAAGGAAAAGCCUGUCAAGAAACCCGAGCCCCGUCUGCCUCGCCUUUCUACCACGAAACGGGAGUCAGUUGCUCCAAUGCCCAUUAUACGUGCCGAACCAGCUAUACGCCCAAGCAAGCGGUUAUGUAUUCUAUCCGAGGAGAUUGAGUCUGCUAUGCAAAGAGUGAGGACGAAUAACUUCGCCCAAAACAUGGAAGAUGUCAUUGAGAAUCCUCAUUAUGCACCUCUGCCAUCCUAUGCUUCACGUCUGUUCAAAUUUAUGCCACCUUCAAAUACGACACCAUCGCCUAGGCUGGGUGUAGCGAUAGCAUUGGACUCAGACUUGGAGGCAGGCCCGUCUACAAGCAGGCGGCCAAUGCCUAUUCGUCUACGUACUGGUCGCGGUGGACGGAUGCACGUGGAUCGCCGUGGCGUUAACCGAAGAAACUAUCGGCGCAACCAGCCUGACGAUGUUACGGAUGCCGACGAAGACAGAAGAAUGGAAGAACGGUGGCGUUUCGAUGCAGACGAUGAGCCUGCGAUGCUUGCAGGAGGAAGCGAUGAACAUGAUCGUAUUCUUGUGGAUGACUACGAUGUCAAAUACCUGCGCCACUCAAUGCGAAUCAUGGCUGAUGUUGACCAGGCGGUUAUGAAUGACCAGUCACUCAUAGUUCAUAGAGAUGGUGCUAGAGAGGUGGUGGUUCCUUUCAGGUUAGGUAUUCCCACGACCGUAGGGGUUCGUCAUCCAAUCCAACCACCGCACCCGCCGCCGAUUUCAGCUCCCGUUGCAAUACAACAAGCGCCUUCAGCUGGUGUGACGCAGAACAUCAGCUUAUCCUCUGUUGUCCAAUCUCCUACCACCGCUCCGACUCCGACUCCGACGACCACCAAUGGUAUCGGUCGUGCUGCCAUUACCAUGCCACAUAUUGAUAUCCCUAAGGGUGAAAUUCAAGAUGGACGGUCUGGAAAUGGCCUGAGCUUGCAACAACUCCAGCAGCUCAAGUCGGCAUUUGCGACGACCAGUCCGGAAAUGGCGAAAUACAUUCCUCCCGCCAUGAGACCGCAAUGGACAAAUCUUGCAACCGCGGUGCCUCAGAAUGGUGACGCCGCUGUCACAGAUGUGCGAAAUGGUUCACGCACGCCUGUCCUACCCACCACGACUCAGAGCUAUUAGUUGACUUUCGUUAUCUUCUAAUCAUUUUUCCCCUUGUGUUUACUUAUUGAAGUUAAGAUUAUAUUACACCUCCCUUCUCAAUUGAAAUUAUCUUUGCAAUGGUGUAUUUUUACUACGUAAAUUAGGUAGGGGA